AAAAUCCCAACUUUGUCCACAAAUCGCAAGUGGGUCAUUAGAAAAAUCGAAGCUUUUGACUGAUCUCCGUCACUUUAGUCUCCGUCCACGACCCUUCUCGUUUCCUUAGGGUUUUCUCACUGAAAGCCAUUUGCCUCUCUUCCUGACAAAUUUCAGACUGAUUGAUGGGUGUGAUCAAUGUUCAGGGCUCUCCAUCGUUCUCUAUUCAUUCUUCAGAGGCUAAUCUUCGAAAGUCUCGAGCUUUGAGGAAACCCUUGUGCUCAAUCCGGAAUAGGGUUUAUUGUGUUCAGUCUUCAAGUGUAUCUGUAGACGAAUCCAAGAACAUAACCAUGGGAGACUCUUUUAUCCGUCCACAUUUGAGACAAUUGGCUGCUUAUCAGCCAAUUUUACCCUUUGAGGUAUUGUCUGCUCAAUUAGGAAGAAAGCCUGAGGAUAUUGUCAAGUUAGAUGCUAAUGAGAACCCAUAUGGUCCUCCUCCAGAGGUUUUUGAAGCAUUAGGCAAUAUGAAAUUCCCUUACGUUUAUCCUGAUCCACAAAGCCGUAGACUUCGUGAUGCCCUCGCUCUAGACUCUGGUCUUGAGUCUGAAUACAUUCUUGUAGGCUGUGGCGCUGACGAACUGAUUGAUUUGAUCAUGAGAUGCGUGUUGGAUCCUGGGGAGAAGAUCAUAGACUGUCCUCCGACUUUCUCAAUGUAUGUGUUUGAUGCGGCUGUGAAUGGGGCAGGUGUCAUUAAAGUUCCAAGGAACCCUGAUUUCAGCUUGAAUGUAGACCGCAUCGCUGAAGUUGUAGAACUAGAAAAACCCAAAUGCAUAUUCCUAACUUCUCCCAACAAUCCAGAUGGGAGUAUCAUCAGCGAGGACGAUCUGUUGAAGAUUCUAAAGAUGCCAAUACUUGUUGUUCUAGAUGAAGCUUACAUCGAAUUCUCAGGAGUUGAAUCAAGGAUGAAAUGGGUGAAGAAGUAUGAAAACCUAAUCGUUCUCCGCACAUUUAGCAAACGAGCUGGUUUAGCUGGGCUUCGAGUUGGAUAUGGAGCGUUUCCAUUGAGCAUAAUCGAGUACCUGUGGAGAGCAAAACAGCCAUAUAAUGUCUCUGUUGCAGGGGAAGUAGCUGCUUUAGCAGCACUCUCAAAUGGGAAAUACUUGGAAGAUGUGAGAGACGCGUUGGUACGGGAAAGAGAGAGACUUUUCGGGCUAUUAAAAGAAGUCCCUUUCUUGAAUCCUUAUCCGAGCUACUCGAAUUUCAUUCUCUGUGAGGUUACAUCUGGAAUGGACGCAAAGAAGCUGAAAGAGGAUUUGGCAAAAAUGGGUGUGAUGGUUCGACAUUACAACAGUCAAGAGCUUAAAGGUUAUGUUCGAGUUUCUGCUGGAAAGCCUGAACACACUGAUGUUCUCAUGGAGUGUCUUAAGCAAUUUUAUUGACUUCCGCAUUUGUUGGGAAUUCUUAAAACAACCCAAAAAAAAAAAACUGAUUUUGUUGUUUUAGCUUGUUGGAUUCAUUGUUUCAAUUAAUAAGGAGAACUUUUGUUGUAUUGUAUGG